AUGUUGUGUGGAAUGACUUCGUGUGGGCGAAAGGCCCUGACACUCCUGAGCAGUGUGUUCGCUGUGUGCGGUCUGGGUCUGCUGGGGGUAGCUGUCAGCACUGACUACUGGUUAUAUCUGGAAGAAGGGACCAUCUCCCCCCAAAACAUGUCGGCAGAAGUCAAGGUAUCGCUGCACGCUGGCCUCUGGAGAGUUUGUUUUCUGGCAGGUAUGACCAUGUCCUCAAGAAAACUGCCAUCCUUACCUGGAACAGAGCGUGGACACUGCUUUACCAUUGAGUAUGUGAUGCCAAUGAAUGUGCAGCUGACCUCAGAAUCCACCGUCAGUGUUUUAAAAAUGAUCCGUUCAUCGACUCCCUUCCCAUUGGUCAGCCUGUUUUUCAUGUUCAUCGGUUUUGUGCUGAACAACAUUGGUCAUAUUAGACCUCACCAGACAAUCUUAGCCUUUGUGUCAGGAAUCUUCUUCAUUCUUUCAGGUUUGUCUCUGGUUGUUGGGCUUGUCCUUUACAUAUCCAGCAUCAACGAUGAGAUGUUAAACAGGACCCCAGACUCAGAGAGCUAUUUCCACUACAAGUACGGGUGGUCUUUUGCCUUUUCUGCGAUCUCCUUCUUGCUGACCGAGAGUGCCGGAGUCAUGUCAGUCUACCUCUUCAUGAAGAGAUACACCGCUGAAGAGAUCUACAGACCCCACUCCAGCUUCUACAGGCCAAGGCUCAGUAAUUGCUCUGACUACUCUGGCCAGUUCCUGCACCCAGACACCUGGCCUCGCGGUCGCAGUCCCUCCGACAUCUCCAGCGACACUUCCAUGCAGCUGAACGCCAACUACCCAGCACUGCUCAAGUGCCCCGAUUACGACCAGAUGUCCUCCUCCCCCUGCUGAGUCGUGGACCACCCCCAGCAGGAAGCCUCUGAAGCAGCCACGGUAUCCUGGACCCCACGCCCCCUGGCCAUGGU